AUGGCUGCGCCACUAUCAAAACAGAAUGAAGCAAUUGAAUUUGCAACAAUAUCAGCGGAUUCAGUUAAAAAUCUCAAAGCAAUUGGAUGGUUAUUGGUAAUUGGUAAUCUGAUUACUCUCUUCCUACUUCUCAUUCUCGAAUCACGAUUUGUUGAUGUCGCACCGAAAUAUUCUUUCUUCAUCUGUAUGUACAUCAUAUCACUUAUUUGUGCUGUGUUUGCACUCAAAGAUAGCAAUAAUGUCAUGCUGUAUCCGAUUCUUGUCACCACGGUUCGUCUCAUUUGA